GAAGUGAGCGGGCGGCCGUACGGAAGCCGGCAGGGGCCGCGCCAGGGUGCGGGGGGGCGCUCGCAGGGGCAGGAAUGUGGCUGCGCCCCCGGCCCGACAGCAUGAGCCCCACCCGCGCCGCGCUCCGAAAAAUUACUGAAGUUUCGAUUGCUACCCUGAUGCUGUAAAUCUGCAAUAAAAGUGGCAAUGUCGAGGGUCCCCACGCCUCCACCACCUGGAGAGAUGUCCAGUGGACCCGUAGCUGAAAGCUGGUGUUAUACACAGGUUAAAGUAGUAAAAUUUUCCUACAUGUGGACCAUUAAUAACUUCAGCUUUUGCCGAGAAGAAAUGGGUGAAGUUUUAAAGAGUUCUACCUUUUCAUCAGGGCCAAAUGAUAAAAUGAAGUGGUGCCUGAGAGUAAACCCAAAAGGUUUAGAUGAUGAAAGCAAAGACUACCUGUCAUUAUAUUUGCUUCUAGUCAGUUGUCCAAAAAGUGAAGUCAGAGCAAAAUUUAAAUUUUCCCUUCUGAAUGCUAAAAGAGAAGAAACAAAAGCAAUGGAAAGCCAAAGAGCAUAUCGAUUUGUGCAAGGCAAGGAUUGGGGUUUUAAAAAAUUUAUCCGAAGAGAUUUUUUACUUGAUGAAGCUAAUGGUCUUUUACCAGAUGACAAGCUUACAUUAUUUUGUGAGGUAAGCGUGGUCCAAGAUUCAGUAAAUAUAUCAGGACAGUCCAAUACAAACACCUUGAAGGUACCUGAAUGUCGACUAGCAGAAGAUUUAGGGAAUCUCUGGGAAACAACAAAAUUUACAGAUUGCAGUUUUUAUGUAGGAGGACAAGAAUUCAAAGCCCACAAAUCUGUCCUUGCAGCACGCUCGCCAGUUUUUAAUGCAAUGUUUGAACAUGAAAUGGAGGAAAGCAAAAAGAAUCGUGUAGAAAUAAAUGAUGUAGACCCUGAGGUUUUUAAAGAAAUGAUGAGAUUCAUUUACACAGGGAAAGCACCAAACCUGGAAAAAAUGGCUGACAACUUGUUGGCAGCUGCAGACAAAUAUGCACUGGAACGGCUGAAGGUCAUGUGUGAAGAGGCACUCUGUAGUAACCUCUCAGUAGAAAACGUUGCUGACAUUCUUAUCCUCGCAGAUUUGCACAGCGCAGAACAGUUGAAAGCACAAGCAAUAGAUUUUAUUAACAGGUGCAGUGUUCUUAGACAACUUGGGUGUAAAGAUGGGAAAAACUGGAAUAGCAACCAAGCAACAGACAUAAUGGAAACGGCAGGCUGGAAAUCCAUGAUCCACUCCCACCCUCACUUAGUAGCAGAGGCCUUUCGAGCACUAGCAUCUGCACAGUGUCCACAGUUUGGUAUUCCACGCAAACGGCUAAAACAGUCAUGAAAUCUUCCACGAACUUUAGAGAAAUUUGAAUUGACUCUACUCCUCCAGGUCCAGAGGUGUUUUCACAAACCAUAACAAGAAUUUGUGUUAUCCUUGUCCACAGAACAGAAGCUGAAAAAGCCUAUUGUUUGCUUUUCAGAUGGAUAAUUUAUGGUUUAAUCCUCAGCUUUAAAUUAGACUGAUUACUCUCUAAUUCACUGAAAGGCCUUAAAGUAUAGUCAGUGACUCUCUAGUCCAUAUAGUCUAAUGUAUCUAGUUGUUUUUCUUAUUUUUUUUCUUUUUUUUUUUUUUUUUUUUUAAUGUGCCUUGUCUUUUUGACUAGGCUAUGCAGGAUUGCACUAGCUCCAUAAUGCAGUAAACUUGAUAACUGAAGAUUAAUUUUUGAAAGGGAUCUUCCAUUAUUUUAAAAAAAAUGAAGAUUAUAGUUUGGUCCUGUGCUGACUGGAAGGUUUUCAACUAACCUCUCAUUAAAACCACUUGAACUGGACUUACAUAAUAUACUCCAGUCAAGUAUAGAUAAGGAGAGUCCGUUUACCUUCAGAGGAUGCCUACAGGCUAUUUAUGGCAAUAUACUGCUUUGAACAUAAUUUAUUUUUCAUUGUGGGGGCAAAUAUGCAAUGGUUUGGCCCAAAAAAUGUAUUUUCAUUACAGUUUAUAAUGCUUACUGUCUCGGUGUCAAAGCUGUACAAACGUGACAGAGAAACACACAAUAAACUUUUUGCUUGUGUUUCUUUAUGGUCCAUCACUGGUUUACAUUUAAUGGAAAAUGAAACGAGAAGUAAAGAUUUUGAUGGGAAGAGAGAAUAGUAUUGCAUUUGAAAAAAAAAUAAAAUUAUAUCCUACAUGUAUGGUUACAUAGAAAAGUAAAAGAUACAUAGAAUGACCAAAUGUAAAUUUAAGAAAUGGGCCAAAUGGAUUCUAAAUAUGCACUUUUAAUGUGUAACUUUUGUAAUGUUGUGUGGUACAUAUAUAUUUUGCUUUUGAUGAAUUAAUGAGGUACAGGUAACUGUGGCUUAACUUUUUACAUGCGUUUUGAAGAUGCCCACAGCCACAUGGGAUUUAGUUUUGUUAUACUGAACAAGAAAACCAUGUCUGAAGACUUAAUAGAAGGUUGAAUAUUACAAGCUUUCAUGUUUUGAGUUGCUGAGUAGCUUUACAUUUUUGAGGGAGGAAUGUGUGAAUGAUGAAACCAUGGAAGAGGGUCUGUUCUCACCUAAAUGUGUAUGCACAACUUCCUUUCACACCAAAGCAAGUUACAUACACAUAACAGAAGAAGCAUUUUUCCCUGAUUUGUCAGAUGUAUUUGCAAGCAUAGACUUGGGUUUUUUCCUAGCAUUUCAGUUACUGUACUAGCAUUGUGGAUGGUAUUGAAAUUCUGCAUAAUGUGAAAAGGAUGAAAUAUGUGUAAACUGUUGUCAUGGGCCAGUUCUUUAUCAUAUGAACCUUUAGCUUUAAUAUCAACAUUUUCAGUGUUUGAUAGCUUUGUUUACAAUUGGGAGGAAAGUCUGCCAUACUGCACACUCUAAAUGUUUCCUGAGUUAUUACAUUGCAUUUAUUAUAAUAGUGAUAAUAUGCUAUAUUUGUUGUUUGGCAAGACUUGCAUUUAACAGGUAAAUGAAGGAGAUAUUGCCUAAUUUAUAAACAAAUUUGGUUAAAGAUUUUAGUUUGUCUAGAAAAAUGAAAGGUAAGAGUCUCUUUCCUCAUUUCAUUCAGAUUUCUCAAAUUACUUCUAGUAAAACUUUGGGAGGGCAGAGUAUAUACUUGGUAUCAAGUAAGCUGUUAGCAAAAAAAUAAAUAAUUAAAAUUACAAAAAUGAAAAGAAACAACCAGUCAGUUUAUAAAAAUACAAACCUCUGUACAUGCACACUUUGCUUUGAUUUUAUAUGCAACUUAGUCUAAAGUUUUAAUUCAGUCUAUACAAGUACAGAGGGUACCUUAUCAAACAAUAUAGUUACAGAGAUUUGACUUUACUAAAAAGUUCUAUUCACUAUUUAUUCUAAAUUAAGGUCCCGUAAACAUUUUUCAUAAUAGGGAUGACACAUACUUGUUCCCUCCAAAAUAGCAACUGUUUUGCUGCAGUGCAUAAUAUUAGAACUGUAUAUCCUCAUAUUUGUCAUGAACAGGCUCACCGAUGAAACUUGCAGCUCUAAUAUACAAAGUGACUUGAAUAUUUAAUACUGUAAUUAUUACUGUCCAGUUAGGCUUGUUCUAAAAUAAUUAUAACAUGCAGUAAUCUAAUGGAAAGCGUAAGAAUUUUGUUAUGAAGAUUUUUUUUAGAAGCUUAAUAGCACACUUUGUACCAAAAAAUGUCAAACACUGUGCUGUAAGAAUAUCAACAUUUAUAGAAAUGUCCACUUUUCAAGUACGUACCAUACGUUACACUAACAAAAAUCUUGACAUUUGAUCUGCUUAGAUUUGGUUUUAUUUAUUAUGUAUACUAAGUUUUGUCAGUUUUUAAGAAAAAGGUAAAACAGUUGCUGUAUUCUUAAGUGAGUGCACUAAUUAUUCACCUCUCUUUAUUCUUGAUUAGACUACAUGCAGUGUUCUCACUGGACCCAAAUGCUGGUAGAAACAAGUUUUUCCUCUUGCUUGUUUUUAUUCCCUCCACCUCAAGAGUUUGUUUUUCAAAUAUGCAGUCAGUUUUUAAGUUCAGCAUAUAUAAAAUUAUCUAAUACAAUAUGACAGCUUUUCAGGCUGAGAUCUAGAAAUCCUGCCAUUUCUUAAUCUCUCUAAAGGAUUUGGAGCACAAAUUAUGAAGGUGCCAUGUUUUGGCUUGCCAACACUACUCCCUCAUACACUUGAACCACCAACUCCAAAUUUUUCUGGGGAGAACUCUGCAUGUGUUCUGUAUGUCCGUGUGUGUAUGAUUGUGUCUCUUUCUGGAAGAGUGACUUUCUAAAAAUAAGGACUCAGUUCACUGUUUAAAAUCUUAGUAUCUACUUACAUCACUUUUCCAUUUUGAACCUCUUUUUUUGCUAAGGUUUUGAAUGGAAACAAUCCUUAGUCUAUAGUCCAUUUACUGCAUGCAGAAGUAUCAACCCAUGUAUAGUGCCUUUUCUAAAAUAUGUUUAACAGAAUAAAAUAAUUUUAAAACAGUGUAUUUACAGAUUGGGGAGAAUGCUGUUGGUCAACAGAUUACUAGAAGUGAGGUAGAAACAAGUUAUGGCAUACUGAUUUGAGCUCCAACAUACCUUGUUUGAUUGUCAUUGCAUCCCAAAUUCAGUAUCACUGGGUAGAUACAAAAAGAAAUAGCAAAUUUUAAAAACAUGUUGGAUAAGUGGUAUCCUUUGUAAUAUAUACACAUACACACACACAUGUUUUAUUGGUACAAGAUGAUGAUAAAACCCAAUCAGCGAAAGGUAGCUAGCUGUGGAGAAUUUAAAUUUUAUGGGAUGCUCUAGUUUUUACACUGCCAGUAUUGGACUUAUUGUAUUGAUGUGAGAUUUGGUAUGAAACUUGCCCGUGUAUUACAGGAUCAGCAGUCCAUGUUUACAGUGGUCCUAAGCCUUCGUGAUGAUUUCACCCUUGAAGAUUAACACAAAGUACAGUAUUUGAAACAGUGUUUAUAGAAAACACCACAUUGUAAAACCAAGAUAUAGCAUCAUGAACUAGUGCUAAACAUUACGUUUGACCCAAAUUAAAUUCUCAUCUUUAAUGGUUAGUAAAAUUGACUAAUUGUCCCUGUCUUAUGGCAGUAAUAUCACCAUAAGCAUUUAGUCUGUAGGUCAGCUCACUAACUUUGCAGGAUUAUAGUGGCAUUAUUAGUCUCACUACUCGGCUUUAGCUUGCAGUAAAUGAACUACAUUUGGAAAGGGAAUUCAUUAUUUUAAGUGUUUGCAGCAGUAAACUUUAUCAUAGUCUGUGUUCAUGAUUUUGAAUCUUCAAAAUGAAGGUUUAACAAAAAUGAGUCCUAUUUUAGAAACUAAACCAUUGAAAAUGACUUAUAUCUGUUUUGGGGUGGAAAUGACUAAGAGAAUUCAGAUAUGUAAACACUUGUAUCAAACCAUCCAGCCUUUUUUUAUCAGCUGAUGUUAAUGGUGAAAUACUUUUUGUACCUUGUUGCUGAAAAUAUUUUUGCAUUUCAGCACAUCAAGUUACAAUAAAGUUGUUACUUAUACAGAAA